AAAAAAAAAAAAGCACAAACUAUGGGGGCUGCUUUAUGUACAUGACAGUGAUCGUCCCGGGCUCUGUGUCUGCAAGGAUCUGGUUCACGUUCGUCCCCCUCUGCCCGGAGCAAGGGGCAGCACGCUGUCAGGAGCUCGGCGGAGUCGGCUUCGGCGGGCUUGCAAUAAACCGCAAUUAAAAGAAAUCAAGCCCCUUGUUUUCAAUCAGCGCAGUGCGCCAGGGCUGCUUGGCCAGGCGCCGGCGGGGAGACGCGCUUCCCCGCUGGCGUUCUAGAUGUCGCUGUUGUCCACCUUUCCGAGGCAGCCCGGCCGGGCCCGCGGAGCACGUGACUCGCGGGGAGGUAGCGGCUCAAGGCCAUUUUCAAAUCUCAUUGGCUUGGUUGUCAUGUGGUUGUGCAGAGGCAUCCACAAUUACACAGGGCAUGUUUUCCUAGAGAUGUCAGCCUCCAAAGGACACAAUCUCUCUUCUUCAAAUUCCGCCCCAAAAUGUCCUUUCCCAGCAGCUCUCCUGCUGCUAACACCUUUUUAGUCGAUUCUCUGAUCAGUGCCUGUAGAAGUGACAGUUUUUAUUCUAACAGCGCCAGCAUGUACAUGCCACCUAGCACAGACAUUGGAACUUAUGGAAUGCAAACCUGUGGACUCCUACCGUCUCUGGCUAAAAGAGAAGUUAAUCACCAAAAUAUGGGUAUGAAUGUGCAUCCUUAUAUACCUCAAGUAGACAGUUGGACAGACCCGAACAGAUCUUGUCGAAUAGAGCAACCUGUUACACAGCAGGUCCCCACUUGUUCCUUCACUGCCAAUAUUAAGGAAGAAAGCAAUUGCUGCAUGUAUUCCGAUAAGAGAACAAAACUCAUUUCGUCAGACGUCCCUUCGUACCAGAGGUUGGUCUCUGAAUCAUGUCCCAUUGAAAAUCCCGAGGUUCCUGUCCCAGGAUAUUUUAGACUAAGCCAGACCUACGCCACUGGGAAAACCCAAGAGUACAAUAAUAGUCCUGAAACGAGUUCAACUGUAAUGUUACAGUUAAACCCUCGCGGCAGCUCCAAACCGCAGAUAUCUUCUCAACUUCAGAUGGAAAAGAAAAUGAACGAAAAUCCGAACAACCAAGACAACUCAGCUAAAGUCGUUCAAGUGGAAAGUCCAGAGCCAAAGUCCACUUUGCAAGAGGAAAGGAGCUGCCUGGCUGAAGGGUCUGUGUCCAGCCCAGAAGUCCAGGAGAAGGAAAGUAAAGAGGAAAUCAAGUCUGAUACGCCAACAAGCAAUUGGUUAACAGCAAAGAGUGGCAGAAAGAAGAGGUGUCCUUAUACUAAACAUCAAACACUGGAAUUAGAAAAAGAGUUCUUAUUCAAUAUGUAUCUCACUCGAGAGCGCCGCCUAGAGAUCAGUAAGAGCGUAAACCUCACUGACAGGCAGGUCAAGAUUUGGUUUCAAAACCGCAGAAUGAAGCUCAAGAAGAUGAGCAGGGAGAACCGAAUCCGAGAACUGACCGCUAAUCUGACCUUCUCUUAAACCGUAAACCUGGGGGUUGAAACAGUGAGAAAUGGGCACAGCACCACCAGUUGCUACAUGCAGGAGAGACUUUGGGGGGUGGGGGAAAAUCAACCUUCAUUUUCCAUUUUUUUCUGAUAGAAUGUGACUUUUGUCAUUCUUUUAGUGCUGCAAGUGAAUAUGUAUUACUAUGAUGAGUAUAUAUAUAAAAGCCUCGCACGUGUAAUUUAUUUUUCCUCAUCGUAAUGCAGGGUAACUAUGAUUGAAUAUUAUCAUUUGGUCUUAACUUAUUGGAACUGUCGAACAUCCAAACAAUGUGACUUUUUCAUGUUUUUUCUAAUCAAGUGAUAUUUAUGUGGGAGCUGUUAUACGGGCCAUACCAUUUUGAAGACAUUCAGUACUUUAAGGGGGAAAACUUUUGGGGAAAAAAAGCACAUUACAAUGUAACUAUUCUCUCGAAUUUAGAAUUUGUCCUUCGUAAAAUGGAAUAGGUGUUUCUUCUCCAUUGUAGACAUUUUCUCGUGGUGCAGAUGUGGUAUAGUAGUCGUACAGCCGCAAUAUAUCCUUCUUGUGCAUGUUCUAUUCGCAUGUAUAAUGCAAUAAAGUCUGUAAACUACUGCGGUUCCUUUGGUUUUCUAAAGAAAUGUUUAAAAGUAUAAAUCCAAGGUGGUUGCCUGAUCUUUCCUCAUCAGCAGUUGUUUGGAUUAAUGUAGCUCCUUGUUUCUUCUCUUUUGUGUGCGUGGUUUUAUUUGGGGAGUGGGUGGGGGUAAGAAAUGACAUAAACCAAAUUCAUUGAUAAUUGUGACUGUAAACAAAUGAUUAAUCGGUGAAAUGUUGUGUAAUCGUUCGCAGUCUGAGAAGUGAAUGCAAAAAGUCUAGUAAAAUAUUAUGGUAUAUAUGCUGGACAUCCUCAUUCACUCAACUCAUGAAUGGUAAGUGAUAAAAAAAUCUCUAGUACAAGCUGUCAGCAAUCUGUGUCGUUUUAUUUGACGUUAGUGUGUUGAUUUAAAAAAAAUAACAGUCAUCGUGUACCUACAAUAUGUAGAGUUUGAUUUCUUGUCCUCGUUUGCUUUUAAAAAUGAAACAUACAAAUCCAAAGAGCUGUGUACAUCAACACAUGCUGAAGUUCUUGCUGACAUGAGUAUUGUGGAAGAGAAACCUUUUUCUUAAAUAUCUGCCAAAGAUGGGAGUUUUCUGCCAGCAAUGCUCACAACGAUGCACACUUCAGUAUGGCAGCCUAUACAGACCCACUUUUGUUAUCCUGCACCAUUUUUGUUUGCUCGGAAGAUCGUUUUAUUUCAUGCAAUGCCACUUUACAACAUAUAUGAAGCCAAUAAAGUUCACGAUUCUUAACGGUACAAAGCUGAAGCAUGUUAUUAGCAGCCACUUUAUCUUGCCAGCGGGGGUGGGAGGAAAGGAGUGAAAUGCUAAACAGAACUGUAAAUGGCUUGCAAAUGAACAUGACUCCACAUUGAAGUCCAAAUGCUUGAACAUACUUUCACCUUCUAGCGAUGCUGGGAAGAAAAAUGUGGAUAUUGAACAGCAUUCAAGCAAAAAAAGCACCAGGUAGUUUCUAAAGCAAGAUAUAAGAUACGAGAUAUUUACAAUAUUUUCUUCCUUAAUAGCACUAUUACAGUUCAUACUGCAAAUGGUGAUAUCCAAUCUCCCCCUUGUCGCGGGUAUAUUUAUUGUAGACAUACUCGAGUUGGCCACAAUAUGCAAUAUUUUCAUCAGCAAGAGCAUAAACGUUUUGAUGCUAAAGGCGCCGAUAGUAUUCAUGUAUGCUGCUCUUACCCUAGUUUUAAAAUAUCCACACUAAAAACAGAGAUCUCUAUCAGUUUCAAAAAGAGAUAUUGAACCUACUUACUUUCUUCUCCUUUCGCAUAAAAGUUCUCAAUGCAUCACCAAAGAAGUUUCAGUAGUAGAAAUGCGAUUAUGUGUCUACACACCAAGUUUUCACGUGUAUACAAAUAUCCAUUUUAAAUCUUCCUGACUUAUCAGUUUACAUUUAUGAACAAGUAUGUGCAAUACCUUGACAUGAAACAAGCCUUGUGUACGGAAAAUAAAAAAAUAAGCAUGCAAAUGCAAAGGAAGAAGAUAGCCAUAAAUCAUUAAAUAAACAGGAAUUUCAGUCCCUUCCUUAUAUUUGCCAGUGCGUAGGAAUUGUUUUCCUGUAUGGUAUUAUGUAAUGUUUUCAACGAGCACUGUUGUGGAUUAUGAACUAACUGUUUGCA